UGGACACACUGGAAGUGUCACGUUGUUGUGCAUUAGGGAUCAUCUCAUACUUGUUAGUAACUGUUUUUAUUACAGUUAGAUGCUUUGUUGAAAUGAAUGAGUGACCGUCAUGAAUCAGGACAAUGAGGGGGAUUUACAGUCUCAAAUUGAAGAGGUUGAAGCACUGUCAUCCAUUUACGGUGAUGAAUGGUGUGUCAUAGAUGAGGCAUCCAGAAUAUUUUGCAUUAAAAUAUCCGACGAUAUGGAGGAGCCCAAAUUGACUGCAUGUCUGCAGAUAAUUCUCCCGCCUGAUUAUCCCAGCGAUGCCCCGCCGAUCUACCAGAUCAAUGCCAGCUGGUUGCGAGGCCCUGAGAGGGCCAAAUUAUCAAACAGCUUAGAAGACCUCUACGCGGAGCAUGCAGGAGAAAGUAUCCUCUACAUGUGGGUGGAGAAAAUCCGAGAGUUCCUCAUAGAGAAAUCCAAGGAUUCAGGAACAGUGAAUCAGCCUGACAAAGUGAAUCUAACUGCUGAAGACCUUGAUGAGGAUGCUGAUAAUUUACCAGACUUCAGUGGCCUCAAACUGAACGACAGCCUUCAUCACUUCUUAGACCAUCCACAUGAAGACGAAGAGACUCCUCCGAUAAAACAUGGAGUUUGCAUCACUGACCGACGAAGUACCUUCCAGCCUCAUUUAGCCCAAGUGGUGACGCCCAGACAGGUGAAAAUGGUUCUGGAGAAGCUGUACGAGAACAAGAAAGUAGCGAGUGCCACACACAACAUUUACGCCUACAGAAUUUUCUGCGAAGAUAAGCAAAGCUUCCUUCAGGACUGUGAAGAUGACGGGGAAACUGCGGCAGGGGGGAGAUUACUCCAUUUACUGCAGCUCUGCCAACGGAGUCUAUAUCCUGGAGGACUGGAGACGAGAAGCACCUGCUGCGACCUGCUGUGGUGUCGGAACGUCUGACACGCAGGCGAAAACAGCUCAUUUUGAGCGCUUCAAUAAGCAUGAUAAAUAAAAGUAGUGAGGAGUUCAUGAAUCAAGAUCAGAACAUUGCCUAUUUUGUUUCAUGAGUCAGUCUCGAUGGUGGACCCCGUUUUCAAAACUAGUUUAGAAGCGAUCCUCAUGCAUUUUUAAGCACCACUGACCUUUCUAUAGCGCAAACAGCUCCGCUGUCCCUGCGGCGUAGUGAAGCUGUUUGCGCCGUACUUUGUGGCAAGGAUGGUUUUGAGAACUCACUGGCUUCUGCUAAUUUUCCUGUGAACUGAAAAGACUCCUACAGUGCGAAAACAGCUUAAGACCACCAGAAGUGUCUCAAUUUUGUUUGUCAUCGGCAGUUUGAAGCAACUGCACUUCCUGUUUGAAACAUCUGAACAAGAAAGAAAAUGUGAACGUGAAGACCUAAAUGUGAGACGUCUUCCAUUUGCAGUGAAUUGUUCUCCAAGUUCUUCUUUUGAAUAUAAGAGAUGGUUAAAAGAAUUCCAGGGACAGUGGAGAUUCGUUGAUGUGUUUUUGUGUCCACUGCUGAGAUGUGUGGCCGCUGUUUAUUCUGUUAAAUAGACAGACUUUCCAUGGUCUGUGUUUAAUUAACAAGCACUUAUUUAGACUAAUUAACAGAAGCACUUAUCAGUUAUAAACAUCUCUGGUGCAGUUUCAGCUCUUCCCUGUGGAUGUCUGAGAUCCAAAUUGCCUCCUCUCAACUCCUAAUAAACUCCUAACCCUUUUUCCAUCAACUCCUUGUAGAACCGUGUUCCUCCUGAACCGCGGAGUGAAAGUCAAAAGCUGCCAUUUCUUCUGCUUUUGGUCCCAGCUGACAGAUGAGGGAUUUAUUUGGGUCUAUAUCUGCCACAUCUGAAAGCUUAACUGAUUGAAGUUUAUUUAUAUGGAGCAGCACAUAUGGAGACACGC